ACAGAAAUGGACGGCUGAUAGCACAAGCCAAGGAGGGAUGGGGCCAGGGAGGUUCCAUGGAGCUCCCGUUUCACAGGCCAGCUUUGUUUUCUGGCAUCCACAAGCUUGGACCAGUGCCACAGAACAUCCUGUUUUUCCCCUUCACUGGCUCCUCUUCUUGCCAUUGGUUUCUUUUAAGGGCCCCAUAAAAUUGCUUUACAGAAAUUAAAAGCACGACUCAAACCCCUGGCUUCCCGAGCAGAUGAAAGCGUGUCGACCAGCGUGGAGGAUCUUCAGCCGACAGCUUCUGAAAGAGGCAGACAGGCAAGAGUUUAUAGAGAUCAUUCAGGAGGAACAUUUUUCAGAAUUGCAUCGCAAUGAAGAAUGGCAAAUUGGUUGCACUCAGCUUUUAUACAGUGCAACAAGGCUGACCUGAAAGAUGAGGCCUGCUGGAGAAAAGGUCACCCUGAACGUCGGGGGAGUCCGAUUCGAGACGUACAGCAGCACUCUCAGGGCCUUCCCGGGGACCAAGCUCUGCCGGCUGACGGAACCCCAGGCCUCCUCCAGCUUCGACUAUGACCCCCACGCCAAAGAGUUCUUCUUCGACAGGAACGCCAGCCUCUUUGAUGAGGUGCUGAGCUACUACAGGAGCAAGCAGCUCCACUGCCCUGACCUGGUCUGCAAGUCUGCCUUUGAGGAGGAGCUGGCCUUCUGGGGGAUCCCGGAUGCGCCCUUGGCUCCCUGCUGCCAGCAGAAGCUCAGCGAUGCCGAGGGCCAGGAGGAGGAGCACAACACCUGGGAUGAGGAGAGAGACGCCGAGGAUCAGGGCCUCCUGCCCCAGCAGGAAGGAAGCCGCACCGGCUGCAGGGCCCGAUGGCAGCCCAAAAUCUGGGCUCUCUUCGAAAAGCCUUGCUCCAGUGUGCAAGCGAAGUGCCUGGCUGCCAUCUCUCUUCUCUUCAACGUUGGCAUAUGCGUCCUUUUCAUACUGAACUCCCAAGAACAAAUCCAUGUUAUUCCCGUUCACCAUGCCAGCCAUUUCCACCACAAUGAUACCACCUACCACCACGAAGUGGAAUACUCGUUUUACAAAAGGUUCCUUUACCUCCUCCAUCUGGAGCUGUUCUGUGUCCUCUGGUUCAUGCUUGAAUUUUCCGUGCGUCUUACUUUCUGCCCAGACAAAAAGAAAUUUUUCCUGAACCCUCUGAAUAUCGCUGACUUCCUCUCCUUGUUUCCGGUUUACAUCGAGCUGUUCUCAGCUGAGCACCCCGGAGAGACCUGUGCACUCGUGUGCUGGCUGGGCUGCUUUCGCGUUCUGUACUUCCUCAAACUCCUCAAGAUACUCAGGCUGGUGGAGAAGCCUCUGAUGUUCAGACUCCUGUCCUAUACCUUCCGGUCCAUCCUGAGAGAGGUGGCCAUCCUGCUCAUGGUCUUUGCCUUUGAAAUCCUUUUCUUUGGCGCCCUCUGCUUCUAUGCAGAGGCCAUAGGAGGUGAUCCUGAGACCAUGUUCGACGACAUCACCUCUUCCUUUUGGUGGGCAGUGGUCACCGUGACCACCGUGGGCUAUGGAGACACGUACCCCACCCUCACCCUCGGCAAAGCCAUUGCGGCCUGCACCGCGGUCUGCGGGGUGCUGACCAUCAUCAUCCCCAUCCCCAUGUUUUUUAUUAAGUUCAAAGGCUAUUAUGAUGCUGCCGUAAUCAAGGAGAAGAUGAAGAGGAUGAAGGCACAAAUGUCAACGCUUCCCUGUGAGAACUCCAGAACGCCCUACGGCCAGCUUCUUGCAGGAAAGGAAGCUGGCUUCCCAGCAGCUCCCUCCGCGCUGCCAAAGCUUCAGCCGACCGGAUCGCCCAUUCCCAUGUGAGCUGCAUGUGCUCCUCCGCGUCUCCUCUGAGCAAGCAGACCUCCACACGCACACGCAGCCUCGCAGACCCAUCUGAAAGAGACCGUCUGGAAGAACUGCUUUCUUGCAAGCUUCCUGCUUUCUCCAGACUCUCUGGUGGGCACACGGCCUCGCUCCUAGUACAGACGCCUGCCAUUUCUCGGCUGUGGUGAGUGCUUUGGGUCUCCUUCGCAAAGGGUCCCACGCAAUAGAGACUUCGCGCCACCCCUGCCACAGCGGACCUAAGGCCGAUCUGAUUACCCUGAGUCCUGUUUCCAUGGAGACCUCCUCAUGCUCCCCAGCAACUUGCAUAGCCGGGCACAGUCUCCCUCUGUCUGGAAACCCAAGAGAGCCAUGCCCUACCCUCCCUCAUGCACACCCAUGCGCCCCUCGGAAACCAGGAGUAAUACAAGGCUCCCGGAACCAACCGAGACUAAGCUCCACUAGCUCCUUCUCUCACCACAAAGCUCAAGGUCUGCCCACACUUCCCGUCCUGCUGGAGUCGACAGUGGACCAGAGAUGCUCUCCAGCUCUGGGAAGAAUGAGUCCUCCCCCAUUUUUGUGCAUCAGGUGAAGGCAACGCGGAGGCCCCCACUGUGUCUCACCCACAGUGAAGACACGACCUCAAAUGCCAUCCCUGUGGCUGGACAUAGUCUGGAGACCAUCCCGGAGCCAGGAUGGGAGGAGCUGCUUCAGGAGGCCGCCCUCAUCUGAGCUGAUGCCGUCGCGGUGUUCCUGGUCAUGGGCCCACGUGAGAAUGAGCCCGUCCCUGCCAGGCCCCUGCAGAGAGUUUCCUGGUAGCAGCAGCCGGAGGGAGGCCCAGGGCCACCCGACCAGCAGUGCCCAGGUGCCACCCCUUCGCCAGGAGGAGCACAGGCCCUUGCGGUGACGGGCAUGUGGGCAUCAUCAAUGGAGGGCAAGGACUGCAAAAUUUUGCUUUCAUGCUGUGCCGCAUUAAAGAAAUAAAUGCUAAUAUAUUUUGCUGAAA